GCGCACGAGAGCUACCGCCAGGACACCGCGCUCGUCAUCGCCGCGCGCAAAGGAUUCCUGGACAUGACAGAGCAGCUGUGUGAGGCGGGGGCCGAUAUACAGGCCUUCAACGUCCGCCAGGAUUCCGCCCUCCACGUGGCCGCCAGCGGAGGACACGUGGAUGUCCUCCUCUGCCUCCUGGACCACCGCGCCAACCUCAUGGCCAGGAACAGGUACGGCGCUACGCCGUGGGACGCGGCGCAGGAGAGCGGCACAGCAAACGCUAGGAUCUGUGCUGACAUCCUGUACACCCGUCACUGCCUGCUGCACGACGGGUGACUUUCCUGUACACCCGUCACUGCCUGCUGCACGACGGGUGACUUUACACCCGCCACUGCCUGCUGCACGACGGGUGACUUUACACCCGUCACUGCCUGCUGCACGACGGGUGACUUUACACCCGUCACUGCCUGCUGCACGACGGGUGACUUUACACCCGUCACUGCCUGCUGCACGACGGGUGACUUUACACCCGUCACUGCCUGCUGCACGACGGGUGACUUUACACCCGUCACUGCCUGCUGCACGACGGGUGACUUUACACCCGUCACUGCCUGCUGCACGACGGGU